GUACUCAGCAACAAUAAUGCAAUACAACCAGUAUUUGCCAGUAUCUAUGAAAUCACUGGAAGAUAUAACCUCCUCAUUAGGAGAGUCCAGGAUAACAGGGACUUUACAUAUUUCACCUGUAGGGAAUUGCAAGCUUCACUCGUAAGCAAAGCAUCUGUCAUCAAGGCUAUUGCCCCAAGCCAGCCCUUGAUAUCAGGAGCUGAUAGUGUCAUAGAAGGAAGUGAUGCCGUAUUAACCUGCUCAAGUUCUGGUGGAGUAGAAGCACCAGAUACAAAAUGGUUCACAGAAGGAAACCCAAUAACAGUUGGGGUAGUUGAAAGCCGAAAUACAAAUUGGAAGACCGACCCAGGGGCUACAAGUUCAAGUGUUCUGACCCUAUCAAAAGUGACAAAGGAUCUCCAUGAGAAGAUGUAUGAAUGCAGAUUGAACAACACAGCAACUUCUGAUUUGAAAGCUACCAUCACAUUGGAUGUUAAAUAUAAACCUGGCACUGCUACUUCGCGUGGUAAUGUUGAAGUAAAUGAACAAGAAACUGCUACAUUGAGAUGUAAUCAUCCAAGUGAUAGAGGAAAUCCACGGUCAACAUUCAAGUGGUUUAAGGGAGCAUCUGAUACUCCCUUCACCGAUGAAUCAUCAGCAACCCUGACUAUAAGUAGUGCCACUGUUGAUAAUCAUGAUGACACAUACCGAUGCACACCAACUAACUCAGCAGGGGAUGGAAUAUCUGCUUCAGUUACAUUAACUGUGAGAGCCAAGCCUGCCAUGAGUAAAUACCCAACAGGUAUUGUUGAUGCCAUUAAUACUCAGCCACUGCCUGACAAUGUAAAAUGUAUUGAUAAAGCUAAACCUGGAUCUUCUUACAAAUGGUAUUUAAAUGGAAGUGAAAUAACAGGCUCUAAUUCAAUAUACCAGUACAGUAGUUCAAAUUCAAUGUCUGGGAAAUGGACAACUACAACAAGUUCUCUCAGCUGGAAAAGUGGUUCUUCCGAGGCACAGAGAAAAGCUGGGAGUGGCAGUGUGAAAUGUGAAGCUACAAAUACAGCUGGAGAUGAUGAGAAAACAUUUAAUAUUAACAUACAAUAUAAACCCGGCACUGCUACUUCGGGUGGCAAUGUUAAAGUAAAUGAAGAAGAAACUGCUACAUUGAGAUGUAAUCAUCCAAAUGAUAGAGGAAACCCACAGUCAACAUUCAAGUGGUUUAAGGGAGACUCCAAUACUCCCUUAACUGACCAAUCAUCAGCAACCCUUACUAUAAGUAGUGCCACUGUUGAUGAUCACGAUGACACAUACAAAUGCACACCAACUAACUCGGCAGGAGA